AUGUUCUCCAUGUUACGACGGAUAAAGCUCGAUCCGUCCCAGUAUACAUAUCGCACAUACAUUGUGAGCUCGGGGGAUAACUUCAGCGCCACGAAGGCAGUAGAGUUCGAGACUCGAUAUGUCAAUUCCGUCCAAAAAGCAACUGCGGUCGACCGUAGCCCGGCAGAAUCAUACGCUAUUGUGACAGUGCCGCGCGCACGUCGCGUACAUCAGUCAUUUCUGACGGCACCCUUUUCAACCCUCAGAUCUUUCUGGGCAUGUCUUCUUGUCUUGCGUGGACAAUAUGCUGACCAAAGGCGGCCUCCUUCAAUGAGUUCGGCGUAUCCGGAUGUGAUUCUUACGAAUGGACCUGCUACGGCGGUUUGCGUUAUACUAGCUGCCAGGCUCCUCCGUCUGUAUAAUUUCAUCAGAGGCUUCGUUCCGUUCAAAAAGGCCUUGGGAGGUGAGAACUUAGCACCGACUGAUCACCAACUCCGUACGAUUUUCAUAGAAUCAUGGGCCCGUGUGACAACUUUGAGUCUAUCGGGUAAGAUACUGUUACCUUUUGCUGACCGUUUCCUCGUUCAAUGGCCUGGACUAGAAGGGAUGAGAGCGUGGAAGGGCAUGAGGAAGACGGAAUACGUGGGCAUGCUUGUGGAUUGA